AAAGGCAGCAUUUGUGGUUUUGUUGUGGAAUAUCCACACGCACGGAUCAGAAAGGCAAAACCAGAAACAAUAGAAGAGAGUAUUGGACUUCAGUUUGUGUUUCAGCGCAGAAACAUGAAGUUGUUUGACGCACACUGUCAUCUUCAAGACCCAAGAAUCUUCCACAAGGCACCCCAACUGAUUGCUUCAGCCAUCGAUUCCGGCGUGGUUCGAUUCGCCGUUAAUGGGGUCUCCGAGCAAGACUGGCCUUUGGUGAAGCAGAUGGGCGAGUCUCAUCAUCCUCAUAUAAUUCCCUGCUUCGGUCUCCACCCUUGGUAUGUUGCGGACAGAACACCCAAUUGGCUCAAUACCCUCAAACAAAGCUUUGCUUCCACACCCUCUGCCGCAGUCGGAGAGAUUGGAUUGGACAAAGGGAAGAAGAUGGGUGAUUUCGCCGAUCAGGUUCAUGUGUUCCGGCAGCAACUCGAACUCGCCAAGGAGUUAAAGAGGCCGGCGUCCAUCCACUGCGUUCGAGCUUUCGGCGAUCUUCUUGAGAUAAUGAACUCAUUGGGGCCGUUUCCUGAGGGGUUUAUACUUCAUUCUUACCUUGGCUCUGCUGAGAUGGUUCCUGAGUUUGCCAAUCUGGGUGGUUACUUUUCGUUUUCGGGGUUUCUUAUGUCCAUGAAAACGAGCAAGGCUAAGAGGAUGGUGAAGGCAGUGCCAUUUGAUAGGCUUUUACUGGAGACGGAUGCGCCUGAUGCAUUGCCUAAGUCUCAAGGAGAAUCGGAGCCGCCUCUGCAGCCGGUUGAAGGUGAUGCAUCGCUGAACCAUCCGGCAAAUAUUCACAAUGUGCUGGUAUAUGUUGCAUCUUUGUUGGAGAUGGACAAGGAAGGAGUUGCCGAAGCAAGUUACCAGAAUGCUGUGCGUUUGUUCUCUUAUUAGGUCUUUGAAUCAGUUCUUGUAAAACAAAUGUUCAAUGUUGUUUACUCCUCAUCUCGAAAAUUUGGAAUAAGAAUCAUGUCAUCAUAUCUC